AUGCGAUUGGAGCAAGCGGGACGGGUACCGCAGUGGGCUAUCUUUAGGCUAGGCCCGCGAGGCCGUGUUGAGAUGACACAAUUCUCCGAACCUGAAUCACCAGGUCAACAGCGCCAGGAUCUCGAGUACGACACUGAGGGUCGGCUUAUGAGAAUGAUUACUUUUCAAUCACGAUCUUUAGCUAUUGCGAACCCUGGGUUUCUGAGUUCAGAAUCUUUGGGCUUGGCAAGCAAAGAGAGCAGACGCGAAGUUUCAUUCACAUAUGACUCUCGGGGUCUGCUGCAGCGUAGAGGAGACUGGAAAUAUAUCUUUGAUGAUGAUGGUUUUCUGAUUGAGCGCCGAUUAAUCGAUGCUUCUCUCAUAGACCGGUUUUCUUACAAUAGCAAAGGGCUGCUCAUCUUAGCCGAACGUAGUCUGACUGCCCCUAUAACAGCGACUGCAGCUACAUCCUUUGGAACUGGGCGUCGUCGCAGCAUAGUUGAACCCGAUGGUUUAGAUCAAUGUGGACAGCUUCGUCCUUUUCGCAUACAAUUUUUUUAUGAUGCCGAAGAUCGUUUGGUUGUGGUGCGCGACAUCCUGGCUGUGAAGGAUUCCGUUCAGUACGCUUAUGCUGACCUUUCCAAACCCGGUCGAGUCAGCCAUCUCGUACACCACAGUCGUGGUCUUGUCUACACGUUCUACUAUGAUGAUAUGGACAACGGCCAUCUUUUCGCUGUUGAGAAGAAGCCUUUAAAUCUGCCUCCAGCCAAUAUUGAACCCGAUAUCGGGAGAGAACUAGCUGGUUAUUCUGGUCAAAAUGCAGACAGCGCUGAUGAUGUAGAAGAAGGGGGCCAUCCGCCCGAAGAAAAUGACCUAAUUGGUCAAUUUUCGAAAGACAAAACCUUUUUACUUUGGCAACAGCGCAACGAAGCGCAUGCCUCUCAAUUGGCAGCUAGGCCGUCAACUCCUGGAAAGAUAUUUUUCGUUAUGAGCAAUCACGCAGGUUCUCCGAUUGCUGCUUUUACUCGUCAGGAUAAGGGCACAUCCUUGGUCUGGGCGGCUGAGUACACUCCAACUGGUGCCCGCCGUAUAACGACACACCGGUUUGGAAGGGCAGCUAAUUCCCGGUUAGCCGGAUAUCAGCAUUUAUGGUCCGCAAAUCCUGGAUCCAGAACAGCCACUGCAUCGUCUGCCUUUGGAGCCAGGGGACAUGAUUGGCUUGAAACUGAAGCUGAGGCCAGCUCACCGCUUCUUCCCUUUGGUCACCGCGGCUUUCUCGUUGAUAUUCACACUGGUCUAGCUUUUUUCUCUGAUCCCAAAGGCCGACGGUUGCCUCGUGCAUUCGACACCUUAUCGGGUAUUUUCACGACGCCCGACUGGGCUGGAAUGCCGACUCGGCGACUGGCUAGACUACAUGCUGCUCCUCAAGUUCUUGCCAGUCAUCAAUGGCAUCCAGAAGUUGAUGACGAUGACACAGAUGAGACAAACGAGUUGGAACUUGAGGAUGAGGAUUCAAUAUAUUCUGGGGUUUCUGGAACAUCUGGAACUGCUGCAUCUUCUACCUCAUUUAGCUCCGGAGCAACUGGCUUGGCCUGCCCGAUCGACCGAUUUCGCUGGGCUGCUCAACAGCCGUCAUGGUGGCUGAGACAGACUGGCUUCCGUCUGGACCGCUUGCUGCCUCAAAUAGAUUUCCGGCUAGCAAUGAGCAAAUCACUCAGCUAUGUCGAUUCGGAUGAGGACAACACGGAUAGUAGUAGCACUUUAGCGAUUAAGCCAGCAGAAUGGACGAUGUCUGUACCAAUUACGGAGUCGCACUCUGCUCAGACUGGCGUUCUGCGCGCAAACGAGAUGACAGAGUCUUUAGCUUGCCUAGUCGAAGGGAUGAAUCAGCGUUUUGAAGAAGUCAGUGUUGUACAAGCCAGCCGAUUGACGCCCGGUGGCAAGAGGGGAGCUGGUCUUCCGUCCUACUUUCUGCCUCCUGGUGAAAGGAUAUCUCAAGGCGCCCAGGGUCUGCUACGAUUGGCUACUUCCGGGCCUUUCCUUGGACCUCAGGUUCGAUUCACUCUUUCACCAUGGGGCGAGCUUCAUCUGCUUCAGAAUACUCCAACUACUGGCGAAAAUUACUCUUAUAUAAGCAAGUCUUCAAGGCCUCGACGUGGUCGAGCCAAAUCGCCGACUAGCUUCUCUGAUAAUAGGGGGGGUUCUGUCUCUUCCGACCUAUACCCUACUGGUUCUCAGGAUCUAAAUUCCCUUGACCUGGCUAAUCAUCUGUUGUUUGGUGCUCGUCUAUUAGAUUCAUGGACCGAGUUUGCUACAUCAGCUGGACUACCAUCGGAACAGACGCCAGUUACACCUUCCUCUUCGGCUUCACUUAUCGCUUCUUACUCAUCCUCUCCCUUGGGUGCCGCUCCCGCUACCCUCGCUUUUCAGACCUCAAAUGUCGGAACCGUUGUAGGUACUAGCUCUAAUUCGGGGCAUGUAAGAAAUCGGCCUGGCCGACUUAUACAACUAUUCGCCCGCGGUUUCGAACCAUCUGACGAUGCUCUUGAGGCCUAUGAUUUUGAAAAUGAUAAUGUGGUCAAUAUGGCUUAUGGAAUAAAUUCUGCUAGUUCUACCGACAAUGACGCCACUGUCGAAGAAGAGGCACCCGACCCGAGCACCUAUAAAUCGUUCACAUCAUCUUCUGCGACGUCAUCAGCAUCGGAUUCUUCUGCAUACUUGACCCAGUCCAGACUCAUAUAUAGAGCUGGUACUCGACGCACCUUGUCCCUCCGGCCAAAAGAGGGUUUCAGUCAAGCCAUGCAGGUGCUUCGGGCGCUAGGAUUGGAUGAUUGGGCAAGACGAGCACUGCAAGACUAUCCGAUUGGCGACACCGUAAAAGAAAUCGCCUCGACCAGGUAA